AACACACUCAGGACUUAACAUCUGAGAAAACAUUUUAUAAAUUAAGAAUCCACGAUGGGACUGCUUGAUUUUAUUAGGGAUUAUUUUCUUGGUUUCUGGGACUAUGAGACACCGAAGGUAAUGGUGGUUAAAAACAGAAAACUUGGAGUUAUUUAUAGAGGGGUUCAGUUUCUUGUGAUCACCUAUUUCAUCUGGUAUGUGUUUAUUAGUCAGAAGGCCUAUCAGGAAAGUGAGACGCGGCCAGAGAGCUCAGUCUACACUAAAAUGAAAGGCACAGCACUGCAAGGAGACCAUGUCCUCGACACGGUGGAGUACGUCAGACCCUUAGAGGGCGGUGAUGUGAUCAGUGCAAUACUGAGACGAGUGGUCACAUAUAACCAGAGACAAGGCACGUGUGCUGAGCAUUUUACAGUUACCAAUGCCAACUGCUCAAAGGACUCUGACUGCAUCCCAGGAGAAGUGGACUUUAAUGGCAAUGGAAAGAGAACUGGGCGCUGUGUUCCCUACUAUAAUCAGACCUUCAAGACCUGUGAGAUUCAGACCUGGUGUCCUAUUGAGCAAUUCGCAGCAAUACAGGAGCCGGCAUUAGCCGAAGCCAUCAAUUUUACUGUUUACAUCAAGAACUCUGUCCAUUUCCCCAAAUUUAAAGUGCUGAGAGGAAACAUCAAAACAAACCAACAGAAUGCCAAGAAAUAUUUGAAAAAGUGUCAUUACGAUGAGAAGAAUCAUCCCUACUGUCCCAAUUUCCGGCUGGGUUAUAUCGCAGAACAGGCCAGGGAGAAGUUCAGCGAGCUCUGCAAAACCGGGGGAGUGAUUGGAGUGUUCAUCAACUGGAAGUGUGACCUUGACCUGGACUCCUCAAAAUGUAAACCCACCUACUCCUUCCGUCGCCUGGACCUCCGGAAGAACCUGCCCAACUCUGGUUAUGACUUCAGAUUUGCCAAGUACUACAGUAAGGAUGGAAAAGAAUUCCGGACUCUUAUCAAUGCCAUUGGAAUUCGUCUUGACGUCAUAGUUCAUGGACAUGCCGGACGUUUCAGCAUCAUCCCAACUAUCAUCAAUACAGUGACAGCCAUGACAUCAGUUGGAAUAUGUUCCAUAAUCUGUGACUGGAUCAUGCUCACUUUCAUCGACAAGAAUGAUGUCUACAGUGACAGAAAGUUUGAUGAUGACAGCAAAGUGCAGAACUCCACCCAGAAUCUCACACUUCCCACAGAAUUCUCCAUCAUCAGCUAUUGCUCUACACACUCCGACCUGUCAGAAGGAGUGGCCCUGUGAUGUCCCGUCGCCGCAUUGACCUUCUGGCCACGGCUGUCUUUUGGCCACGUGCGUUGAUGAGGCUCUUGACUGCUGAAAAGACUCACGGACUGACUGAUGACUCACGUUCCCUUGCUCAGAAAUUUCAUGCAGUUAUUUUAUAGCGGAGUGGCAUCAACAUGGCACAGUUGCAAUAUUGUAUAGUGGCAUUGUUGCAUGCUACGUCAUUAAUGCUGUCAUUGAGUGACAUUGCUAUAACAUAGAAUGUGGUUAGCCGACAUGUAAUAUACCUAUCCAGGCAUACUGUCAGGCAAAAGCAACGCUUGAGCAGUGGAAUGUAGCCAUGGUCUUAGAUGUUCUCACAGAGACCAACUUGAUGUAUCAACCUCUGUCCCAGUGGAAGAGAACCGAAAAACAGCUAAGGCUUUUUUGAGUGCCAUUGGUUAUUUCACUGAAAGAAAUGCCCUGUAAUGGGUUUGUUUAAAUUCCAUGUAAAUGUUGUUGAUAUUCAGGAAUAGAAUUACACUCCCGUGGAGAGAUGUACAGUUCAACUCACAGGGACCAGCUCGGCAUGGCCCCCAGCUGAAUGUCAACUGCUAACAAUUCUAAUUUCAAUCAAAUCAAAGAAAAACUAAAUCUUGAAUAGCAAUUCAUUUACAAGUACAUCAUACUGAGAACACGCCAUGCUUCACCCCAAACCAGGUCAAUAACCUGUAAACACUAUAGACACAAACAAUAAUAAACAUCUAACACACAUUUGUAACUUGUGAUUACAGGUUACAAAUACAGGUUACCAACAGUCAAUCAUAUACUUACAUCUGAUUAGAUUAAAUAAACACAUUGUAUUUUGUCACAUGAGUUUUGUGGUGUCAAA